GCCAUGUCGGCCGGACCGACGUUAUUUUAAUGAGCGAAAUUUGUCAAAAUGUAACAUUUUCCGGGUAAUGGUAGCCGGAAUAACGUAUAUGGUUUCUAAAUUUCAGUGAAACAUAUUGUACGUACGGUCCCCGCCUGCCUUAUGGAAUGGUGGCAAAUCGGGCCCCUGGUUCUCGCUGUGUUGGUGUUCCUCCUAGCGGGCACCAUCAUCGAGCAGCAUCUGGAGUCUGCUGUGCUACGCUUCGUUGACCGCCGCGGGCUGAGCCAGGCCACAGUGGGGGUGGAAACCUCCGCUGUGCAGGAACCGCAGCAGCAUGUUUCCUUGAAGGAGGAACCGGUACUGCUGCAGAAGCCCCGGCAGAAAGAGCAGCAGGAGGAGGAACAGCGGCAGCACGAUUUGCGGAUCCACCAGCAAGUGCUGCAAAAACAGCUGGAGUUUCAGGGCAAGCUGUUACUGGCGCAGGUAUUAAACGUUCCUGUUUGCAAUCUGUGCCUAAAGCAAGCUCUGCAGGAGGCAAAGUCGGGCGAACGGAAGAAUCUGCCUAGCGUGAGUGCUAACCACCAGCUUCCAACAAGCCUACCCACCUCAAGGCCAACAGUCGCCCCCUCUCACCCCCCUCAAGAGCCGCAACUGCUGCAAACGAAGCAGAGGCAAACUGCGCAACCCACGCAUUUGCAGCAGCCAUUCUUGCAGGAACCGUCGAUUGGGGCAGCUGUUAACAAUGGGGUAUCCCAUUGGGGCGCGGCCGUAUGUACAGAGAGUUUCGUGAGACGAAUGUUCGAACUUCGAUCGCAGUUUACGGAUGGCAUUGGGCAUAGAGAGAAAACUACAACUUCAAACAACCAAAAUGCGACGGUGGCGCCCUCCCAACCUCCACAAGCGCCGCUGCUGCCGCAAACGCAGCCGCGGCCAAUCUCGCAACCUGUGCAAGCUUUGCAAUGUACGCAGCAAACUAAACAAGACCCAGCAAGUGGGUUAACUGAAAAAACGGAGUUGCCCCUUUCCACCAAACCAGUUGAGCAACUGAAGCAACCUUCGCAACAGCAACCGGAACAGCAAAUAAGGCAGAAGGAACACACAGACACACGGUUACCCCUUUCGACCGAACCAGUUGAGCAACUGAAGCAAUCAUCAGAACAGCAACCGGUGCCGCAACUGAAGCAAUCUUCGCAACAGCAACCAGUGCAGCAACUGAAGCAAUCUUCGCAACAGCAACCGGUGCCGCAACUGAAGCAAUUUUCGCAACAGCAAUCGGUGCAGCAACUGAAGCAAUCUUCGCAACAACAAUCGGUGCAGCAACUGAAGCAGUCUUCGCAACAGCAAUCGGUGCAGCAACUGAAGCAAUCUUCGCAACAGCAACCUGUGCAGCAACUGAAGCAAUCUUCGCAACAGCAACCUGUGCAGCAACUGAAGCAAUCUUCGCAACAGCAAGCGGUGCAACAACUGAAGCAGCAAGACCAAUCAAGUGUAUUACCGGGGAACAGAGUGCUACCCCUUUCAACCGAACCAGUUGAGCGACUGGAGCAAUCUUCGCAGCAACAGCAACAACGACAGCAAUCGGUGCAGCAACUGAAGCGGUCUUCGCAACAACAAUCGAUGCAGCAACUGAAGCAGUCUUCGCAACAGCAAUCGGUGCAGCAACUGAAGCAAUCUUCGCAACAGCAAUCAGCGCAGCAACUGAAACAGCAAUCCUUACAGCAAGAACCAUUGAGUGGACUAACUGGGAACAGAGGGCUACCCCAUUUAACCGAACCAGUUGAGCAACUAGAGCAAUCUUCGCAGCAACAACAGCAACAACAACAACGACAGCAAUCGGUGCAGCAACUGAAGCAGUCUUCGCAACAGCAAUCGGCGCAGCAACUGAAGCAAUCUUCGCAACAACAGCAACAACGACAGCAAUCGGUGCAGCAACUGAAGCAGUCUUCGCAACAGCAAUCGAUGCAGCAACUGAAGCAAUCUUCGCAACAACAAUCGGUGCAGCAACUGAAAUCUUCGCAACAGCAAUCGGUGCAGCAACUGAAGCAAUCUUCGCAACAACAAUCGGUGCAGCAACUGAAAUCUUCGCAACAGCAAUCGAUGCAGCAACUGAAACAGCAAUCCUUACAGCAAGAACCAUUGAGUGGACUAACUGGGAACAGAGGGCUACCCCAUCUAACCGAACCAGUUGAGCAACUGGAGCAAUCUUCGCAGCAACAACAACAACGACAGCAAUCGGUGCAGCAACUGAAGCAAUCUUCGCAACAGCAAUCGCAGCAACUGAAGCAAUCUUCGCAACAGCAAUCGGUGCAGCAACUGAAGCAGCAAUCCUUACAGCAAGAACCAUUGAGUGGAUUAACUGGGAACAGAGGGCUACCCCAUUUAACCGAAGCAGUGAAGCAAUCAUCGCAGAAUCAAUCGUUGCAGCAAAUUAAGCAGCAGUUCUUGCAGCAAGAGCAAAUGCAGCAGCUGCAGGAAUCCUCACAAGAGCAACUGAAGCAGAGUCACAGCAGCAACCGAAGAAAAAUGUGCUGCAGAAACAGCCUGAACAACUCACCGACACCCAGCCACCGCCGCCCUUCCUCGUUGUCUCUGAGAAAAGUAUCCUAAACCCCACCAGCAAAUCCACCGUCGGCAGUAGGAUUAUUGAUGUUCCGGACAAACCGGACAUUUAAUCUUCUAACAGUUUCUACUAGAGAGCGGACAGGCCGCCAGCGAACGUGUCGUUGAGCUUACAAUUGCCGUUGUGUGCGUGCGUGAUGACACGCAUGUACCUACACAUGGAAAUGAUGCGCGUGUGCGCAAUAGCUCAAUAGAAUCAUAGAGGAAUAAGUAUGGGAAGACUUGGAACUCCAUACAUCAGUAA